CUCGGAGGACACAGCAGUCUGAAAGCUGUCGCAGGCAACAAGUGCCGGAGCAAAAACCAGCAAGUGUGCCAGCAGGAGCUGGUGAGGCUUUUAAGGUGUCUGGAGCCUUGCGGUGUGAUUGCAGCCUGCGGUUUAUCAUGGUUCCCAGGAUACGUGAUGUGGAAAGCAGUCGUGGGACAUGAGGUGUCUGUGAAGGUGGAGGCUCAAGGAGAUGACUGGGACACCGACCCUGAUUUUGUGAAUGACAUCUCCGAGAAGGAGCAGCGCUGGGGAGCCAAAACCAUCGAGGGCUCCGGCCGUGCUGAGCAUAUCAACAUCCAUCAGCUGAGGAGCAAGGUGUCAGAGGAGCACGAGGUCAUCAAGAAGAAGGAGCUGGAGACUGGUCCCAAGGCCUCCUAUGGCUAUGGGGGGAAAUUUGGAACAGAGCGAGACCGGAUGGAUAAGAGCGCGGUGGGCCACGAGUACGUUGCUGAGGUUGGGAAGCACUCUUCGCAGACGGAUGCAGCCAAGGGCUUUGGAGGGAAGUAUGGAGUCCAGCGGGACCGAGCUGACAAGUCAGCACUGGGCUUUGAAUACAAGGGUGAGGUGGAGAAACACUCAUCCCAGAAAGAUUACUCCAAGGGCUUUGGUGGCCGUUACGGUGUGGAGAAGGACAAGGUGGACAAAGCAGCAGUGGGAUUUGACUACAAGAGCCAGGCGGAGAAGCACGACUCUCAGAAAGACUAUUCUGUGGGCUUUGGUGGGAAGUUCGGGGUCCAGAGGGAUCGUCAAGACAAGAGUGCCCUUGGCUGGGACCAUCAGGAGGAAGUGCAACCCCAUGCAUCCCAAAAAGACUAUUCCAAGGGGUUUGGAGGCCGUUAUGGGGUCCAGAAGGACAGAGUGGAUAAGAGUGCUGCUGGCUUUAAUGAGAUGGCAGCUCCUACCUCCUCGUACGAGAAAACAAGACCAGUGGAAGCAGGAGCAUCCAGCGGCACCAGCAGCCUGCGCUCACGCUUUGAAAACAUGGCUAAGUUAGCAGAGGAGGAGAGCAGAAGGCAAGCAGAGGAGGAGCGGGUGAGGCGUCAGGCUCGGGAGAGCCAGCCAGCUCGGUGGAAGCAGGAAAUUCCACAGAGAGACAAGGACCACAUAGAGGCAGCCCCUCCCACCGUGCCAGCAAGGGUGCCUGGGAAUGCUGACCGAGAGAGACCUAAGUCAUGGGGACUGCAGGAGACAGAAAGGGAGGAUGAGGAAACACCACCCGCUUUGCCAUCAAGACUGGCAGAUCUUGGCGAAGAGCUGUGCAAGAUCCCCAGCCAAGAUGAGCCCAACUACAGUGAAGGUUCAGACGUUGGUGCAGACUAUGAGGAGCUGCUGGAGCCCUCUGACUACUGUGACAGUACCAGUGGAGGUGCUCUCUAUGAGGAGCUGCCAGCACCCUUGGAAAAUCCAGAUGUUAUCUAUGACUAUGGAGGAGAUGCAGGUGAGGACUACGAGGACAUCCUUCCAGGGAAGCUCAGCCAGAGCCAGCCCCACCUAGGGGAAAUGGAUAACGUUUAUGAUGUGGAGAGCCCUGGGACCUGUGCAGUGGCUCUCUAUGAUUACCAAGGAGAAGGAGACGAUGAGAUUUCGUUUGAUCCUGAUGACACAAUCACACACAUCGAGAUGGUAGAUGAAGGCUGGUGGCGGGGACAGUGCCGAGGCAAAGUUGGCCUCUUCCCAGCAAAUUAUGUGAAGCUUCUGCAGUGAAAUCAGAAUUAUCCCCAAGCUGCUUCCUUCCAAACAUCUGCUUCUCUCUGCUUCAGGCUUUUUAUGUGUUAUUAGCCACAAUUGACUCAGCCUGCCGUAUAUACAUGCAAGAAAGACCAAGGAGCAAACUGGCAGUGUUGGAGGGAAGGUUUUGACCUGUGCCCAAGAGGACUUUGGUUCCCAUGCACUGCCAGAUGGAAAAUGUGGGAUGGUUUAAGAGUAUGUGAGUGCAAUAUAAGACGUGUUUCUACCUAGGCUGUCAUGGAAUCAUAG